AUGACUGAAACAAAUGGAGACGAGCUACACGCUUCACAUGAUGUUAAUGGACACGAACAUGCAGAUACCGAUGAAGAAGUAGCUGAUCAACAAAAUGAUAGUAACAAUGAUGUACAAGAAGAAAUCUUACCACCUAAACCUAAAUUACAGCCGAUUAUUGCUCCUGAUAUGUUUCCUCCACCUAUUGUUAUAUGUGAAAAUCCCGAAAAUUAUCCUGAAUCAUAUCGAACAAACACUAAAAAAGAAGAAUUAAUAUUAACAUUUAUUGAGAAUUUUCGUCGUCAAUAUCAUUAUAUUUAUCGUGAUCGUAAACCACUUUUUCUCAAUCCAUUAAAUGAAUGUGGUUUACCUAAAUUUGUUUGUACAACCGUUCAACCAACAUUACUUUCAUUUUCAAAACUAUUUCAAUGGAAUGAUGCAGCUGAAUUUGUUGCCGAUCAUCUUAAUUAUGAAUUACUUGAACCACCCCAUGAACUUCCUAAAACACUUUGGUCACCGGAAAAAGUUCUUUAUGAUCAUCGUGGUAAUUGUUUUGAUUAUGCUAAUCUUCUUUGUUCAUUCUUAAUUGGUGCUGGAUAUGAUGCUUUUGUUGUAAGUGGUUAUGCAACAAGAGAAGUUUGUUUUAUGGAUACAACUCGUUUACCAAAUCCAUAUAUAAAAAAACGAGAAGAAAAACAUAUCGAACGGAUAAAACCUCCACAUAAAAAAUAUACCGUUAAACCACCAAAAGAUUUAACAUCGAAAUAUGAUGCUUAUAUGCAUCAACGACAUUUGGAUAAAAUUCAAGCAGAUAAAAAUCGACGUCAAGAAGAAGAAAAUAAACGAAUAGCUGAAAUUGAAAAACCAUUACCGGAUCCUCUAUAUGGUAUUCGAGUGCAUGCUUGGGUACUUGUUUUACCGGGUAAACGUGAAGUACCUGAAGCUUUUUUUAUUGAACCAACAACGGGUUAUGGUAAAGCAACAAAUGAUGUUGAAUAUUUGGGUAUUGAAAGUGUUUGGAAUCAUCAAAAUUAUUGGGUUAAUAUGCAAGAUUGUUCCAAUGGUUGUGAAUCACUCCAAUUCGAUUUAAAUGAUCAAGCUCGUUGGGAAUUUAUGUUUACUUAUUCAACUAGUUUACGUGGAGCAGUAACAGCUACAUUAAAUACUAUCGGUAAUUCUGCAAUUCUUGAUGAAGAAGAAGACAAAGGAACUGUUGACACAACUCAAAAAGAUAUUGAAGUACCUCCAUCAUGGGUUCGUCAUCUUGAUUUAACACCAGCAGAAUUUCAAAAUCGUUAUCCACAUUCUCGUAAAACAUAUUUCUACAAAAAGACUCGUGUUGAAAAAUAUGCACCAUAUUUCAUGAAAGAUGGAAUUGUUCUUAAAAUAUCUGAAUUUGCUGAUUAUGAUUUUAAAGAACUUAUUUAUGUUACACAAAAAUAUGAACAUCGUCAUGAUAAACUUGAAGAGCGUGGACAUGAUAUAAGAACUAAUACAGUUUGUGAAAUAUAUCUACCUGGUAGACCUGAUCAAUUAAAAGAACAUACGUAUGGUUUUGGACCAGAAUUUGAGCGAACAAUGAUUUAUUAUGAUAAAGCACGUUUAGAUGGUUUAGCUAAACGACAUGAAACAAUGCUUGAAUUAACUGAUUAUUUUGUUAAUCGUGAUGAUUUUCUUGAAUAUCGUAAAGCUCUAUUUGAACCACGUCCUAAAAAAUUCGGUCCAGCUGAAAAAGAUAAUCAACGACCGAUAAUUUCUAUAACAGAACGAUAUGGUCGUAAUGUAGAAUUAAAUGCUAAUGAUGAUAUUCGUGAAUUAGUUUUUGCUAUUAAAGAUGAUAAAUUUGUUAUUACAUAUCAUCGAGAUGAUAUUCAUAUAACACCAUCGACAAGAACAUACAUCAAACCAGUGAACUGGAAUGAUAAAACAAUAACAAUAAAAUGGAGUGAUGAUUUAUUAUUAGAAACUUAUCAAGCUGAUGAAGACUUUAAACAAAUGUCUAAACGUGAUCUUUAUUAUAAAAUGCUCAAACUUAUGGAACAAGAAGAAGAAGUUACGCGACGUGUACAAAAAGCAGAAGAUGAAAUACGUGAUCUUCAAAAUCGUCGACAACAAGAAGAACUUUCAAAUGAACUUGAAUAUAGUGUCUACGAUACAGAAAGAAAUAAGAAAUCAAGAGAAUACAGAGAUUUAUUAGAUAAAAGAGAUAAAGAAGAAAAAAGAAAAAGAGAAAUUAAAGAUGUUGAUUAUCUCGCACCAUUUCUUGCUGCUAUUGGUAAACCUAGUCGAAUUAAUGCUCAUACCGCUCAAACAUUACGUACUUCAGCACAACAUGACUUCAAAGAACGUUCAAUUCGUAAAGCUAAUCUAAUGCAAGCACGUUAUGAAAAUGAAGUUCAAGAACUUAUAACUAAACAACAAUGGUAUCAAAAACAUCAAAUUGGUAUGACUAAAGAAGAUGAACUUGAAUAUCAACGUGUAUGUCAAGAUGCACAAUUUCGUUUACAUAUUCUUGAAGAACGACUUGAUCGACAUAAAAAAUUAACAGCCGAGAAAUAUUUGCAACUUGAAAGUAAACUUAAUGAAGAUCCACGUUUAAAAGAACCAUAUAUUAUCCCUGAAGAAAAAAAAUAA